AUGGACCCGACCUCCUCGCCAUCGCUGACUUCACUCUCUGAAUGCGAGAGUAUCGCGAUCCCGUCAACAUUCCAAUCCCAGGCCGGAUCAAAAUCCAAACCCAACCCCGAACCCCAGGCUCCCGCCGCGGACUCCGGAGCGCCUCUGGCCAGCGGCUGCGGCACAGUCACUGUCACCGCCGGCACCAGCAGCACCGCGAUGGACGAGAGGAAGCCUGCCGUCCCUGAAGACGCCGGCAGGAAAAGUGGCAAAGAGAGCCGCCGCAACAGCAGAGCACCAGCCACAAAUACAGACACUAGCCACAUACUUAGUCAGCAAGAGACGCCGGCGGCAGCCACAGCCACAGGGCCGAAGCAGAAGCGAGUCCGCAAGCGCAAGGACGACGACGAGAAAGCGAAGCCGAAGCGCGAGCGGAACUCGACGGGCGACAAGGCCGUUGCAGGAGCAGCAGGAGGCAAGGACGGCGGCGAGCCGAAGCCGAGGAGGCAGCGCAACAGCAAUGUCAAGCCGCAGGACGGUGGUGAUGCAGCAGCAACAGCAGCAUCGCGCAAGAAGGCCAAGUUGGAGCAUACAGCAGACGAGGCCACUCCCUCUGUGACGCCGCGCCAGACAAAGAUCACAGACAUGGUUUCCGUGACUUCGACGGCGACGGCACAUCCGCCGCAGCUCUCACAGCAGCAGCAGCAGCAUCAGUUUAGCCAGCACCCUCCGCAGACUUCCUCCGCACAACCAUCUCCCACGCCCGCAUACUCGAUGCAGCGGAGUCUUUCACAGCACUCUCCUCAGCCUUCACCACAUCAUCCAGCAGCUUAUUCGCAGAGAAACGGUACCUACGAAGCUGGUGGCACUGCUGGCUCACCUUAUGCCUACAACAACAACAACAGUACCACCACCACUACCAACAAUACUCACCAUGCACCUCCUCCCCCACCUCCCCAACAGGCCCAGCCUGCUUCCCUCCCACGCUCGAGCGGACAGAAUUAUGACCCUAUCCGGUCAGCUAUCGAGACCAGCUCAUCCGUUUCUACUCCGGCUGUACCCACAGCGAAGCCCGCACCAGCUCCCCAGGGAAGCUCAUCCUUUAGUCCACCACCGAAUACAGUGACUCCUCCACCUCGGCCGGCCACUACUCCAUUCAGAGCUAGCGCUUCCCCAGCUAUUUCCAGCAUUAUCGAUCCUCCGGCUGCCAACUCUACUCCUGCUAUCUCCAUUCCUCCUCCUGUCACGGCUACGUCCGACAAUAAGCCCACCCUUUCACCCACCCAAAACCCUGCUAACGGAGCUACCGAAUCCUCUAAACCAUCGGCACAGCCUCUCACACACUCGAAAUCACAAGACUCAAACGCAAUGGAUAUUGACUCGAAGCCAGCGAGCUCAAAGCCUGGCCCCAAAAAGAAUACUGCAUCCUCUACUGGAAACGCUUCCUCAGGUGCCUUGUCCCCCAAACCCGCUUCGUCUCGCAACAAGGAACCUCCACGACCUCUACCUUCCACCGGAUCCGGCCUGCUUUCUAAUGCUCUCUUCGGCGGCGACACUAGCUCAUCAUCUGACACCAAAUACUUACCAAAUAUCAUUCUAAACAUUCCUAUCAAGGGAAAGUCAAAUCUGGUGAUAAAUUUUGCCCGGAUGGCAGAGGAACAGUAUGGCUUCGAUGCGCUACAUCCACGCAUUGCAGCCCAAAAAGAACGUCGUGCACGUCUGGCGGCUGCCAGCGCCGUUCUGGAGAAAUCUGAACGAGCUGGCCGGGGGGAAAGCGGAGCCGAAGACGAUCUUUCUCUUGACGUGGAUCGCGAUAGUGACGGCGAUGGCGAUGUUAACAUGUCUGGUAUGGGCGCUCACACACCAAACGGCACUGGAACUGAUGAAGCGACCGCUGCCCCCAAUCCCAAUGGUGAAGCCAAAAAGCCCCGCCGACGCAAAAUCGAGGAAUACGAUCGUGACGACCCGUUUGUUGAUGACAGUGAGUUAAUCUGGGAAGAGCAGGCAGCAGCUUGCAAAGAUGGAUUUUUCGUUUACUCCGGGCUUCUAGUCCAGGAGGGCGACAAGGUUUCUGUUGAAAAAGCCGAUGGAACUACGAAGCGAGGCCGUGGCCGACGUGGUGGCGCAAGUGGCACCACCCAUGGAAACUCUGGUACAUCGUCUCGCGGUCGCGGUGGACACGCCGGUAGCAGUUCAACAACGAACCACCCCAACGGCGAUGGUGCUACAGCUGGUAAAUCAGGGACUGGCCGCGGCGGCGCCAGAAAACCGCGAAUCACCAAAGCCGACCGACUUCAGAUGGAGAAAGAAAAAAUCGAAAGAGAAAAGAUGGCCAUCGGCCUCUCCGGGAAAGCCGCUGCAAAGUAA